CAGCGAAAGCGCGACGGGAGCCUGGGCUCUGAAAAACCGAAAACCUGAGAGCGAGUCGGCGACAAAUCGACCCGGUCACUGCAGAUGGAGGAGCUGUGGUGUCCACAACUCCACAGAUAGCCGGUUCGCUCAUAGGCGUUACCUAUAGGGACCCAAUGCUACUAGCUCUCGGGAGCUGGAGUUCAUAAAAUAAUCUGCAUCACCAAAAAACGCGGAUUAAUUCAUCUAGAAGCAGGAGAAGAGAGGAGCGAAGCGGCGUAGAGCAUGACACAGCCGCCCGAGAGGCCGUAGACGAGAGCUCCAUGGUUCAGUUGUGGACCUUAUAGAGGGUUAUUCUCUUUACAACCCAUCCACUUAUUUUUAAUUGCCUGGCCUGGUACUUGCACCAUGUCUGCAGCGCAGACACAAAAUGACAGCGAACAGCACUGGGGCUGCCUGGAGUCCCUCGGCUUGAGCCCCAGAGAACUGGUCCUGGCUGAGGCUCUGCAGAUGGAGUAUGAUGCCCUAUCUCGCCUCAAACAGGACAAGGGACCAUCUGGGAGAGGAACACCUUCCAUCCCAUCAAGAAUGGAACGGCCUCAGUCCAGACCUGUGCCAAGCCCACCUGGGAGUAAUCUGCGCCAGGGUCUCUCAGGGUCCGAUCCAAUGCUUAACCUCAUCCAGCCCAGCGUGUCAGACCCAUCAAGGCCGUGCUACAGUAAGGAGUCCCUCUACAUCCUGGACAACCAGGGAAAACAAGACUAUGAGGGGACUUCCAGAAUGCUGACAAAGGGCCUGCCACCUCCUGAUGAACCUCCACCGGCAGUGCCCCCCCGAAACCCCAUCCCUCAUCCUGAUUCCUUCCAGGCUCACAGGGGCUCAGCACCCAGAGAUGUAAACCUGUUCACUCCUGAGGUGGACCAGCCCAAGCUUCCCUCUGGAGAUGCCAUGAACUAUGACAACUUGAACGAUUCUCUGAUGAGGCUCAAUGGGGAUUGGCCAUCACCUCGGGGACGGAGAGUUAACAGUGAUCAAUCAGGGAAGCCGGUAGCUCGCAGUAAAACCCUCCCUCCUCAGGUGCCGCCUCGCACCUACUUGCCUGGGCAGAUGAGUAACAGAAGCAACCGCAGAGUGUCAGCUGAUCCAGUCUCACUGGGUUCCAGGCUCAAUGGAUUUGGCUACGAACUCUUUCAGGUGUCAGAGGAACGAGAUGAAGAGGUGGCUGCCUUCUGUCAUAUGCUUGAUGUGUUGCGCUCGGCUUACCCGUACACUGAGCACUCUAAGAACGCGGGUUUUGUGUGGAGCCAGAGUGUGGCGCAGGAGGAGUUACAUCAGGGCCUGGGAGUUGAUAUAAAGGUCACCGUCAUCAGUGAGCACUUCCGGGAACCUCUCACUUUCACCUGUGAUGGUUCAUCCACCAUUGACCUGCUGAUAUACCAGACCCUGUGCUACACCCACGAUGACCUGGACGUGAUCGAUGUGGAUGACUACUUGCUGAAAGUGUGCGGGCAGGCCGAGUACCUCAAUAAUUCUCAAACCCUUGCAGGCUUGGAGUAUAUCCAGCAGUGCCUGAAGUUUGACUGGGAUAUCAGACUCUUCCUCGCCAAGAGGAGCUCUGUAAACAUGGGGCUAGCACGCAAGUGUGAUGAUGACGAAACCCCAUCCACCAUGAAUCACAGCAUCCUCCUGCAGGAGAGGCCCAUCAAGCAAACUGUCACAAGGGAGGCACUCACUCUGCUACUGGACACCUUUCAUAAUGAGGCUGAGUCCUUCGUCCUGUCAGAGGUUGAGUUGGCAUUGCAUGUGGAACGCUUGGUUCAGUCAGUGAAGGCCCUGUGUAGCUCCCUUGCUGCCGUGGAAACACCCGACAUCACUGCAGCCCUUAACCAGCUGCCCGCGUGCCCCUGCAGACUGCAGCCAAGGGUGCAAAAGGAUGUGAGCGUGCUGGCGAAGAGAGAAACUCGAGAGAAAAUAGUUGAGAGGUUGACGGCAGCCAUCUUGGAGCUAGUGGAGCUGUACUGCAGCACGUUCAAUGCCAACUUCCACACAGUGCCACCUAGCAGCCGGCCCACGGCACCCAUUCAGGAGGCGGGCAUGGUGACCAACGUGCUAUCCUUCAGCAUCUACGCUGCUCACCGCAUUCCCAUCACCUGGGCCGCCAGUUAUGAAGGAUUUUUCCUGUCAUGUUCGCUUACCCAUGGGGUAGCUGAACUAUGUGCCCCCCAGCACACAAGCAAACAGUCGGUCAGCAAAUACCUAUUCCAUCUGGUGGUUUGGGACCAGAGGAUUUGUUUCCCAGUGCAGAUCAACCAGCUGCCACGGGAGUCGCAGUUGACUGUGACCCUUUAUGCCACUCCACUACCGCCCCCAGGAGGAGCCGAGGAGAAGGGCAAGCAGAAGGCCCGCAGCAUGGAGGCUCUGGGUUGGGUCACCAUGCCCCUCUUCAACUUCCGACAUGUUCUGACUUGCGGCAGGAAGCUGUUGGGCCUCUGGCCUUCGACCCCAGGCAGCGGAAACGCCCGGUCCAGCACUCCCAACUUUAGCCAGCCAGACAGCGUCAUCCUGCAGGUGGACUUCCCCACCUCUUCCUUCGAGGUGCGUUUUAGCACCCCUCCUCCAGCUGAAUUCAGCCCUCAGUAUGAGUUCUCCAGGCUGGACCAAGGUAGCCAAAAACAUCUCCAAGAUGUCCUUCACAAGAAGUCCCUCUUCUGGUUGACUCCAGAGAACAGACGUUUGCUGUGGGAGAAGCGUUACUUCUGUCACUCUGACAGCAGCCGGCUGCCCCUCAUCCUGGCCAGUGCACCCAGUUGGGAGUGGGCGUGUCUGCCAGAUAUCUAUGCUCUGCUGCGCCAGUGGUCCUGUACCAACCACCUAGAUGCCCUAGGCCUGCUGCACGCCACUUUUCCAGAUCAGGAGUGCAGGCGCACAGCAGUCCAGUGGAUGGACUCUAUCUCUGACCCGGAGCUGCUGGACUUCCUUCCACAGCUGGUGCAGGCCCUGAAGUAUGAAUGUUAUCUGGACAGUCCACUAGUGCGUUUUCUUCUGCGGAGAGCCAUUGGAGAUGUGCGCAUCGCCCACUGCCUCUUCUGGUUGCUAAAGGAUGCUCUCCAGGAUUCCCAGUUUAGCGUACGCUAUCAGCACUUGCUGGCUGCUCUGCUAUGCUGCUCAGGCCAAGGCCUCCGGGAAGAGUUUGACCGCCAGUCUUGGCUGGUCAACAUCCUAGCCAAAGUGGCUCAACGCGUCCGUGAUGCCUCACCUUCAUCUAGACAGGCUGUUCUGAGAGAGGGACUGGAUGAGGUCAAGCAGUUCUUCUCCAUCAACAGCAGUUGCCGCCUACCCCUGAACCCUGCUCUGCUCGUCAAGGGCAUUAACAUACAGUCUUGCUCAUAUUUCAAUUCCAACGCUGUGCCCCUCAAGCUUUCUUUCCAGAACAAGGAUCUGCUGGGAGACAACAUCAACGUCAUCUUCAAGUCAGGAGAUGACCUGCGGCAGGACAUGCUGACGCUACAGAUCAUCCGUAUCAUGAAUAAGAUCUGGAUCCAAGAGGGGCUGGAUAUGAGGAUGGUUAUCUUCCGCUGCUUCUCCACUGGCCGCGACAGAGGUAUGGUGGAGAUGAUCCCCAAUGCUGAAACUCUGAGAAAGAUCCAGGUAGAGCAUGGAGUUACCGGCUCCUUCAAAGAUCGCCCACUGGCUGACUGGCUGCAGAAACACAACCCUACUGAGGAUGAGUAUGAGAAAGCAGUGGAGAACUUUAUCUACUCUUGCGCAGGCUGCUGUGUGGCCACCUACAUCCUGGGUAUCUGUGAUCGCCACAAUGACAAUAUCAUGCUGAAGACCAGCGGCCACAUGUUCCAUAUUGACUUUGGCAAGUUCCUGGGCCAUGCACAGAUGUUUGGCAACAUCAAACGGGACCGGGCUCCAUUUGUUUUCACAUCUGACAUGGCAUAUGUAAUCAAUGGUGGUGACAAGCCGUCUAGCCGCUUCCACGACUUUGUGGAUUUGUGUUGUGAGGCAUACAACCUCAUCAGGAAACAUGCGCAUCUGUUCCUCGACCUGCUGGGGCUGAUGCUGUCCUGUGGCAUUCCUGAGUUGUCUGAUCUAGAUGAUCUAAAAUAUGUCUAUGAUGCCCUGCGGCCGCAUGAGUCCGAGGCGGAUGCCACUAUGUACUUUACCAGAUUGAUAGAGUCCAGUCUGGGCAGCGUGGCCACCAAGCUUAACUUCUUCAUCCAUAACCUGGCCCAGAUGAAGUUUGCCUCCUCGGAGGAGCGGCCUGUGCUUUCUUUUGCCCCACGGGUUUACACGGUGAAGAGCGACGGCCUCAUUUGCAACCUGUUCGUGUGCAAUCACUUUAAAACGUACAGCCCCAGUAAGGGUUAUACAUAUGUGGUGAAAGUGGAACGGGAAGACCAGCAGGGGGUGACAGUGGUUCAGAGGAGUUUUGAGGAGUUCCAUGAAUUGCAUAGCAAACUGCGCCUCAUCUUCCCUUCUUCUAAACUGCCCAGCUUCCCCAGUCGUUUUGUGAUUGGCCGCUCUCGUGGGGAGGCCAUGGCAGACAGGAGGAGAGAUGAACUCAACGGGUAUGUGUGGCAUUUGAUCCACGCUGCCCCCGAGGUGGCUCAGUGUGACCUGGUCUACACCUUCUUUCACCCUCUACCAAGAGAUGAACGACCUGUAGGAACUGCUGUAAAUACACUUAAUAACAAACCAGCAGAAGUAUCUUGGGCUGCAGUUCCCGGUAAAGUUGCAGGUGAAGUGAAGCUCUCUAUUUCCUACAAGAGUGACAAGCUCUUCAUUAUGGUCAUGCACAUACGAGGCCUGCAAACAUUGCAGGACGGGACGGAUCCAGACCCAUAUGUCAAACUGUAUUUGCUCCCUGAUCCCCAGAAAACCAGCAAGAGGAAGACCAAGGCAGCUCGCCGCACAUGCAAUCCCACUUACAAUGAGAUGCUGGUUUAUGAUGGGAUACCACGUGGGGAUCUGAACCAGAGGUCAAUUCACCUUCGAGUUUUGAGUGAAGGAGCAUUCUGGGAGAACACUUUGCUGGGCGAAGCCUUCAUUCCCUUAAAGAACCUCGCACCUGGCCAGCACUGGGUCGAUUGGCACCAAUUGAGCUUGGGUGGCUCUGAGGCCAGCCGCUAGCGAAGAGAGGCAGACAGGCAGUGUUUUAUACAGCACAGACUGAUCAACAGACAUAUUUUGGGAUGUCCCUAUAAGGGGAUCUGACUUUUAUGGUGGAGCCUGUUGAGGAGCAUGUAGGUGUGUCUGUCUUUGCGUUUGGGUUGGUGAGUUGGAGAUGCCCAGCUGCUCAAAGGGAGGUAUUUUUCCCCACAGUGGGGGUGUGUGUUGCAGAUUCUCCUGCUCUGAAGAUGUGUAGACUCUGUGAUGGAGAGCCAUCACUGGAUGUUGUAGUUGUAGUGGGGUUGCUGCACACUACGCUGGAUCAUGAUGAUAGACAUAGCCAAAACGUCUGCGGCUAAUGGAUACAAUGAAGGGAAAAAAAUAAUAAUACGUAUAUAUUUAUUGAUUCUCAAGGAUUCCGAAAAGAAGGUUUAGGAUUUGUGGUUCAUUUGCCCAUUGUACAACCCUGCAAUUUCUUGAUGAGAGAGAUCAAAUGAAACUUUAAAUUAUUUCUUUUUAAGAUGUUCUUUUAUUGUGGCUCGAUUUUGAGCUAGGUUUUGUUGUGACAUUUGUUAUGUCUCUGUGAUUAUAUAUAUUAUACAGAUUUUACUUAGUAAAAGGGAUUUAUGGAUGGACUAUUGUAAAAGAAAAAAACUUCACAUUAAUGGUGGCAGGGAUCUAUCUGAUCAUACAGUAAAACACUUGAGAUUCUGCAGCAUGGCAAACUUGUAUGCACUUACAUGAGGCCUAAUUCAGUCCAAUCGCUUUACUGAAAUUAACAAAAACAGACAAUUAACAAAGUAAAUUUGCUUCUUUUCUUAACUAUUUUUUCUUAAGCUUUUUAUUGACAUAUAUAGCUUUGAGAAGUUUACAAAUGUAAUGACUGGUGUAUUGAAUAUGACCCUUAGCCUAAGUCUGCGUUUGGUGGGGAAUAUGUAGAUUCCUAGAUUCCAGGCUCAAAAUCAGCAGAUUCAGUUGAGAUCGGACCAUGACAUUCGAAUUGACAAUGCCUUCAAAUGAAAGGGACAAAAUGGAAAAAUUAAGGUGACAAUGUAAAGAAGGCUAUGGGUGAUCUGGUGGUGCGCUAGGGCUGGGUGAUACAGACAAAAAUUCACAUCACAAUUGUGCAGAAUCACUGCAUUAAACCAAGACUUGAUAUUUUUCAAAUUGUUUAUCUGUGCAUUGAAUUUCCACCAGCUUAUAGAACUAUCUUAUGCUCAGUAAGUAUGUAUUAAUUCAACAUAUAUUCCUAUAUUAAUUAGAUUACUUUUUAAAACUAAUUAUAAAAUUCUAUACGGUAGGGGUGUCCAAUCUCAGCUGUAAAGGGCUGGUGUAGCUGCAAGCUUUAAGGCAGAGAACACCUGAUCAGUAGUUUGAAAACAGACUGACAAACAGACUGAUUAAACAAGUGGAAAUAUGUGUUCCUGCUUGUCUCGAAUGAAAACCUGCAACCGGCCCUUGUGGAUAAGACUGAACAUGUGCUUUACAGGUGCUCUAGCUUUGGGCUAUAUCUUAACACUAUAUUCAUUAAUAUGCAUCAACAAAACAGUUUAACUUUGAAAUCACUACAUUUUCAUUACGUUGGCACUUUAUGGUCUAUCAUAUCCUGCACUUUCCACAUUGAACUGUAUCGCCCGGCCCUGUUGCACACAACAAGUUCAUUUACAGGUGCUCUAAAAGCUUGCCUUCAAAUAGAACUUGAAGGAUCUCCAUCAUCAGACGAUGUGAGAUCGUUUAGCAGGCCAUUUAAGUUUGUGGUGCAGAUGCAUUCUCAACCUAUCAACAGUCUCUCCACUAAAAGAAAUCUAUCCAAUAUGGUUCAUGUGCAUGCUGUGAAAUUUGCUACUGGAUAAAUAUUGCACUUUUGGCCUUGUUUGCUGUCAAGUACUUUGCGCUUACAUUUUUUUCUUGGACCAGUUUCUUUGAGUUGAAUGUCUUAUUUAUUUUUAAAACAAAGGGAAGCAAAGAUUAAGCCUUAAGACUUGAGUAGUGUUCAUAUUCACUCGUUUAACAUGUUUAAAUGGUUUCAGAUGGAGGGAAAUUGAUUUUGUUGGGAAAAAGUUUUCAAGCAUACUCUCUCUUCUUUAAAGCUGUUCCUUUUUUCCUGCUCAUGUGGAUGCAUGCAAAUGAAAUCGCUGAGUAUUUGACUACAGCUUCUCUUUUUUCUGUUGCGAGUCUUCGCAUCCACGUUCUUUUCCUGUUUCUCUCUUUGCAACUUGAACAUUUUUGCUGUUGACUCUAUUUUUAAAAGAAACAGAAGGGCUCAGGUUUGAUGAAGCAAAACAUUUAAAUAGUUUUCUAAAGAAAUACAAUGUGUCUGCAGUUUGCUCCAAAUCCACCUAAACUGCUUGGUAUUGAAAGUGUUGUUAAAACAUUAUAAAAACAAUAUUAUUGGAUGGUUGCCAAUUUACCAAGGCUGCAGGCCUAUAUGCCAUGGUGCUCUAACAUGUGAUUGACCAUAAAUGAAGUGCACUGUCAUCUAUCUGAAACAGAACCAAACAAACCAGUUCCACUACUGCAAGCUUGUCCCAUGCCGUGGCUAUGCCAUAGCCUGAGGUUGUAGUGCUCUGUCACAGAUAUACUUUUACUUACUUUUAAAAGUAGUCACCUUUUUUUUGAAGUAGCUGGUUGUAUAAUGUGUCUGUGUGUGUUAGUUAGUUGUUCAAGGACAUAAUUACUGGCUUUACAACAAACCAGGAGAUGAUUUGCGCCUUUUGCGUGACAAAGCCUUUAAGGACUCAGACUUGCUGUGAUUAUGCAAAGUAUUUGCAAAGGGAAUUGACUUUCAAACUUUGAAUGACCACGGCCCUUUUUUGAAGAGAAAAUAGUAACGAUUGUAAGUUCAAAAUGAACAGGUUUAGUGUGUUGUACAUACUGAGAAUGUCAUUUUUGUGUGAUUUAUAGUUUUCUCCCACUUUUUUGUUUUGAUUUUCUGACCAGUUGUGUUCUUUUUGACCAUGUUUUUCUAAUAUUA